CCCCCCCGGCCCGGCCCGGCCCGGCCCGAGAUGAGGAGAAGCCAGGCUCCCAGCCAGCUGGCCAAGAGGAAGCCCGAGGGCUGUGGUUCCUCCGACGACGAAGACUGGCACCCAGAUCCAGCAAUUUCCAAGAGGCGGAAAUCGGGCCGUGAGACGGAGAGUCCCGAAACCUUCCUGUCCCCAUUCCGGAGACCCCUGUCCCAGCUAAGCAAUCGAUCCCUCUUCCUCGAUGGCAACCAACAUGAGGCCUUCAUCCGCAACGUCUUGUCCAGACCCUUCCGCGUCCCCAUCCCGAACUAUCAAGGAUCUCUGGGCCUGCGGGCGUUGGGCACCCGGCGGGCUGGCGGGAGGCAACCCCUUCACGACCCCUUCGAGGAAGGAGCCUUGGUUCUGUAUGAGCCCCCGGCCCUGAGCGCCCAUGACCAGCUCAAGUUGGACAAGGAGAAACUUCCUGUUCACGUGGUGGUGGAUCCCAUCCUCAGCAAGGUCCUGCGGCCGCAUCAGCGAGAAGGCGUGAAGUUCCUGUGGGAGUGCGUGACCGGACGCCGGCUCCCCGGCAGCCACGGCUGCAUCAUGGCGGACGAGAUGGGGCUGGGCAAGACCCUCCAGUGCAUCGCGCUGAUGUGGACCCUGCUGCGCCAGAGCCCCGACCGGGGGCCGGAGAUCGACAAGGCCGUCGUGGUGUCCCCGUCCAGCCUGGUGAAGAACUGGGCCGGCGAGGUGGGGAAGUGGCUCGGGGGCAGGAUCCAGCCCCUGGCCAUCGACGGAGGCUCCAAGGAGGAGAUCGACCGCAAGCUGGCUGGGUUUAUGAGCCAGCGUGGCCCGAGGGCGCCCACGCCCAUCCUGAUCAUCUCCUACGAGACGUUUCGCCUCCACGCCGAGGUUCUGCGGAGAGGGAGCGUCGGGCUGGUCAUCUGCGAUGAGGGCCACCGGCUCAAGAAUUCGGAGAACCAGACGUAUCAGGCCCUGGAUAGUCUGGAUGCCAGCCGCCGGGUCCUGAUCUCCGGGACGCCCAUCCAGAACGACCUGCUCGAGUACUUCAGCCUGGUGCACUUCGUCAACGCGGGCAUCCUCGGGACGGCCCAGGAGUUCAAAAAGCGUUUCGAGCUGCCCAUCCUAAAGGGCAGAGACGCCGCGGCCGGCGAGACGGACAGGCUCAAAGGCGAAGAGCAGCUGAAAGAACUCAUUGGCAUCGUGAAUAGAUGUCUGAUCCGGAGGACGUCCGACAUCCUCUCCAAAUACCUGCCUGUCAAGGUGGAACAGGUGGUGUGCUGCAGGUUGGUGCCCCUGCAGACGGAGCUGUACCGGCGUUUUCUGAACCAGGCCAGGCCGGCCGAGGAGCUGAGGGAAGGGCCCGGGAGCGUGUCUUCCCUGUCGUCCAUCACCACCCUCAAGAAGCUCUGUAACCACCCAGCCCUGAUCCACGACAAGUGUGUGGAGGAGGAGGAAGGCUUCGAGGGCGCCCUGGGCCUGUUCCCCGCGGGUUUCAACUCCAACUCUCCAGAGCCACAGCUGUCAGGCAAAAUGCUGGUGCUGGACUGCCUCCUGGCAGUGACUCGUAGCUCCAGUAGUGACAAGGUGGUCCUGGUGUCCAACUACACACAGACCCUGGACCUGUUCGAGAGGCUCUGCCGGCUGAGGAGGUACCCCUACGUCAGACUGGACGGCACCAUGUCCAUUAAGAAGCGAGCCAAGGUGGUGGAGCGGUUUAACGACCCCACGAGCCCCGACUUCAUCUUCAUGCUGAGCAGCAAGGCCGGGGGCUGCGGCCUGAACCUGAUCGGAGCCAACCGGCUGGUCAUGUUCGACCCGGACUGGAACCCGGCCAACGACGAGCAGGCCAUGGCGCGGGUGUGGCGGGACGGCCAGCGCAAGACCUGCUAUAUCUACCGCCUCCUCUCCACGGGCACCAUCGAGGAGAAGAUCUUCCAGCGCCAGACCCACAAGAAGGCCCUAAGCAGCUGCGUGGUGGAUGAGGAGCAGGAUGUAGCUCGCCAUUUCUCCCUGGGGGAGCUGAGGGAGCUGUUUGCCCUGAAUCAGGCCACCCCCAGCGACACCCACGACAAGCUGAAAUGCUGCCGCUGCGUCAACGGGCACCAGGUGAGGCCCCCGCCCGCGGGCACCGACUGCACCUCGGACCUGUCCCAGUGGCACCACUGUGCCGACAAGCGCGGGCUGCGGGAUGCCGUGCUGCAGGCCGCCUGGGUCCCCGCCGCCGCCGCCACCGCCAUCAGCUUCGUCUUCCACCAGCAGUCCCACGAAGAGCAGCGCGGGCUCCUCUGACCCGGGCCAGGGCCUGGCUCUCGCCAGCCGGACCGCGGCAGGGGCCCAGGCCCAGCCAGGGACUGGCGUGGAAAGGGAGCAGCCUGGCGGAUGCCGGGAAACCGCGGUUCACCGCUCAGCCCCCGCCCCCAAGCCUGAGGCGGCCCCGGACUGCAUGCGGGGGUAGAGGACUGCUCAGUGAGGUCCACCCGGGAACUGUUGCCCUCUCCGCCCGCUUUGGGGAGGGCGCUUAAGGUAGGGCCUUUGCCAGUGGUGGCUUUUCUAGGAAUAAACCAGUUGAAUGAC